GGAGCAGCCCCAUCUGCAGCAGAACGGGAGGCUCACCCUGGUGCUGGCCAUGGCCACGCUCAUCUCGGCGUUCGGCUCCUCCUUCCAGUACGGGUACAACGUGGCUGCCGUGAACUCGCCCUCCGUGAUCAUGAAGCAGUUUUACAACAACACCUACUUUGGGAGGACGGGGCAGCUCAUCGACAAGUUCUCCUUGACCUUGCUGUGGUCCAUCACCGUGUCCAUGUUCCCCUUCGGCGGCUUCGUGGGCUCCAUCCUGGUUGGGCCUCUGGUGAAUCAGUUCGGCAGAAAAGGAGCAUUACUGUUCAACAACGUAUUUUCCGUGGUGCCCGCGGUCUUCAUGGGCAGCAGUAAAGCCGCCCAGUCCUACGAGCUCAUCAUCAUCUCCAGACUCCUGGUGGGAGUCUGCGCAGGUGUGUCUUCCAAUGUGGUCCCUAUGUACUUAGGAGAGCUAGCCCCUAAAAACCUGAGGGGGGCUCUUGGAGUGGUGCCCCAGCUCUUCAUCACCAUCGGCAUCCUCGUGGCCCAGCUGGUCGGGCUUCGGAAUGCUCUAGCAAGUGAGACAGGCUGGCCCUUCCUGCUGGCGUUGACGGGGAUCCCCGCGGUGCUGCAGCUCCUCGUCCUGCCCUUCUUCCCCGAGAGCCCCCGCUAUCUGCUCAUCCAGAAGUGCGACGGUGUCGCCGCCAGGAAGGCCCUGCAGAGGCUGCGCGGCUGGGACGACGUGGAGGCGGAGAUGAAGGAGAUCCAGCAGGAGGACGAGGCGGAGCGGGCCGAGGGCUUCAUCUCCGUGUGGAAGCUCUUCCGCCUGCGCCCCCUGCGCUGGCAGCUCGUCUCCAUCAUCGUCCUCAUGGGCGGCCAGCAGCUGUCGGGAGUGAACGCGAUCUACUACUACGCCGACCAGAUCUACCUGGACGCCGGCGUGGCCAGCGGCGACGUGCAGUACGUGACGGCCGGCACGGGGGCCGUCAACGUGUUCAUGACCGUCGUCACCGUCUUUGUCGUGGAGCUCUGGGGACGGCGGCUCCUGCUCCUCCUGGGCUUCUCCAUCUGCCUCGUGAGCUGCGGGGUGCUGACCAUCUCGCUGGCACUGCAGGGCCAGGUCUCCGGGAUGCCGUACGUCAGCAUCACCUGCGUCAUCGCCUACGUCAUCGGACACGCCCUCGGGCCCAGUCCCAUCCCUGCCCUGUACAUCACUGAGAUCUUCCUGCAGUCCUCUCGGCCGGCGGCCUUCAUGGUGGGGGGCAGCGUCCACUGGCUCUCCAACUUCACUGUGGGGCUGAUCUUCCCAUUCAUUCAAAUAGGGCUCGGCCCCUAUAGCUUCAUCAUCUUCGCCAUCAUCUGCCUCCUCACCACCAUCUACAUCUCCCUGGUUGUCCCUGAGACCAAGGGCCGGACGUUCAUCGAGAUCAAUCAGAUCUUUGCCAAGAAGAACAAGGUGUUGGACGUCCAGACAGGGAAGGAGAUGACGGACCUGCCAUCUGCCACCAUCCUGUAGGGGCGAGGCUGGGAGGUCAGCUGCCUCCUGGGACUGGGGUUGUAGGAGUCUGGACAUCAGGCGUGAGACAAGACCGGCCAGAAUGCAGGCUGGGCCUCCUCACCAGCCUCCGGCCUCCCUGGGGCACGUGGACAGCACCCCCCACCCCUGCUGAGUUGGCUGCUGUGCCUGGCGACACAGCUUCACUAGCAAAAACAGCUUCUGCAGGGCCAGAUGAGAGGCGCCGAAAUCAUGCCAGCGAAACAUGCCUGUGACUCUCACAGUUUGGGGGGCCACCAGCGUUUUCCCAGAGCUGGAUUCGUCCUCUGACACCUGACGUGCAAAGUGUGGGUGGUGUCGGGGACCACCAACGCCCAGAGGCUACAGGACUGCUGGGCAGACGUUAAGCAAGUCUCCAUUACUAACCCUCAAUUACAGCGUUCACGGGAAAUGGAACUGCUGUGUGCUGUCAAUAAAACACAUCCAUUCACUUCCACCCA